GAGAGAGGCAGGGUGCGUUAGUGAGGCGUUCAACUUUGUGGCAGUCACAGUUCUUCCCCCGAGCUUCGCGCCGCCCGUAGUGCCUGAACAUCGCCCAAACAGAGGCGUCAGUUUUGAGCAGACGAUAUUGAGUAGACACCAGCACAGCCAGCAUGGAGAAAAUGGAGAUCUCAACCAAUGGAGGGCGGAGCUUCACCGUCCAUAUCCAGGGUGACCUGACCAAGGUGGACUCACGCGCCGUCUUCCUCACCGUGCACGACAUGGGCUCCAACCACUCCUCGUGGGUGGAGUUCGUGUCUCAUCCUGUCAUGCUGGAGACGAAGGAACGCUCUGUCUUCAUCCACGUGGACAUCCCUGGACAGGAGGAUGGUGCUAAGGAUCUCCCGAAUGACUACGUGUUCCCGACCAUGCAGAUAAUAGCCGAGGACCUCAUUGCUGUUCUGGAUCAGCUGAAAGUGAAGCUGGUCAUUGGUCUUGGCGAGGGUGCCGGGGCUAACAUCCUGGCGCGUUUUGGCAUGGCUUACCCUGACAGGUGUAUGGGGCUCAUCCUCAUCCACUGCACCUCCACUACCGCUGGGGUGAUGGAGCACUUCAAGGACAAGAUCAUCUCGUGGAAGCUGAACAGUGUCGGGAUGCACCCCACCGCUGAACAGUACCUCAUCUUCCACAAGUUUGGCCAUAUGCUCAGUCAGCAACUGGACUCCGCCGAGAACAAGGAGAGGCUCAUCAAGGAGUACCAGGACCGCCUUCAGAGCAAGAUCAACCCCAAGAACCUCAGGAAAUACGUUGAAGCUUUCCUUAAGCGUUCUGAUCUGUCCGGCAAGCUGGAGGCCAAGCUGAAGGUGGAGACGCUGCUGGUGACAGGGGCCAAGGCUUCUCACGUCCACACAGUCCACACCAUGCACCAGAGCUGUAACAAGCAGAAGGCGUCGCUGCUCAAGAUUGAUGAUGUUGGAGAUGUGCUGGCCGAAUGCCCUGAGAAGUUUGCCCAGUCGAUGCAGCUGUUCUGCAAGGGCCUGGGCGUGCUGACCUCCCUGCCGCUGAGUGGCGUGGACCGCCAGCGCACCUUCAGCGGCUCCUCCACAGACGACGAGACACGCCCACGCCGGCAGCGCACCAUGAGCAUGGAGGAGUACGACACGCCCAACCUCAGACGCUUCUCAUUCUCCUCCACCCAGACGGCCGCCAACUAAACGCCGCGCCCCCGGCCCCCCCUGAACCCCGCCCCUGCAGUGCUGUCUGACGGCCGUCACCACGGCCCUUUCUCACCCCUCACCUGCCCACACCCCACACUCACACAACACAUCCCUCCCUCCACCCCACUCCGCGUGCAGUUUUCCCCCGGCCCAUACACACUUGGAGGCCUUUUUCCAAUGAUCCCCGGUGGGUGCGCCACCCCCCGCCACCAGCGCCCCCACGGGGGAUGCAUUUAGCACCUGUUGACCCUCCGAGGCCUGGUGCUGGGGCGCCACUCCCUGAGGCUGACCUGGUCACCCCGCAGUCCGGUGCGCGAGGGAGAGCAGCCCCACACACCACAGCGGUGACCCGGCGCGGCGGCGCCCUCCCUGGUGACGGGCGCGGGGCGGGCCAGGUCAAGGCUGCACCCGCCACUAGAGAAUGGCCUUUGUUGUGGAAUUGUUGAAUCCAAGUUAUAUAUAUAUAUAUAUAAAUAAAUAUAUAUAUAGUUAGAUAUAUAUAGAUCUAUAGAUACGUGGCGCCCCUCGCCGCCUCGGCCCGGCGGGAGGCGCCGGCGUGACAGUAAUACUACACAACUACUACCUAGAGUGAGACGUUGAUCACAGUCAGUAAUAAUUGUCAAAACGACGCGUGUUUGUAUGCACCGCUUGUGGCCGGACAGAACAAGGCUUUCCGACUCUUGUUUACAGCUCAACUCGUAGCCUCCGUAGCCGUGUACAUAACAACACCAGCGCUAGAUGCUAGGCGUUAAGGCACCGCAGGCGCCGCCACCGCUGCUGCGCCGCGCCGCGCCGCUCUCAUUGUUGCUCUUGUUUUUCUUGAGGAUUUUUGUACGCCCGCCAUUGGUGCACUCCACAACACCCUCGCCGCCCCGCACCCCCCGGGGACACCAGCACUGAGGGGAAUGCCUUGCACCACUACCACCACCACCACCACCACCAACACCACCACCAAGACUGUAGUUAAAAUCAAAUAUUACAUUGUCAGUUUUUUUUAUUUAUUUAUUUAUUUUUUUUUUUUUAAGACUGUCAAAUGAUCAUAUUUCUUUUUUAACAUUUCUUAAGUUUUUCUAAACUUCUUUCUUGGAACCUUUAAAUCUUUAAUAAUAUUUUCCACCAAACAUCAAACAUCGCCACACACUUGUCACCGCUCAUGCCGCUCGUCACUGCAGGGCGGAGGGCGACACACACACACACACACACACACACACACACACACACACACAGCCGGGCGGUGGUGUUGGUGGUGGGUUCCGGCAGUGGAUGGUGCAGUGGUGCGCUGCAGUGACAGUGGCAGUGACUUGGUGAUGGCAGUUGCCAGUCACGGCCCGCCCUGCACCGCUCCUCGGCUGUACCACAUCAAAACUUGUAUAUACCAUGAGCAUGACGUGUACUGGACGUGUACACCGCAGCGGAAGGUUUUGAGUUUGGCGAAGUUUGUUGUUGUUGUUGUUGUGUUGUUUUGAAUCACAGACACACACACACACACACACUCUUGUCAGGCAAACACACGAGUGACAAAAGAACAGAUUCCUCGCAACAUGUACAGCAAAGUCACAUCACACACACACACACACACACACACACACACACACACACACACACACACACACACACACACACACACACACACACACACACACACACACAGCACGCAUUUUUCUCCUUGCUGGUGUCUUCAAGAAGAGGAGGAGGAGAAGAACUUGGCGAGAACGAAUAACGCAACGCAUAUGUGAGGAAAGAAACCAACCAACCAACCAACUAGACGUGGAAGUACUGCAACUACUAACUGCCAACAACAAAAUGAUUUAUAACAGUUUAGCUCUUGCCAGCAUAGCCUGCAACACACACAUUGGACAGCACCGAUACACCACUAAACCAACAUCACGAAGUUAACUCAUUUUUCUGUUCUCAAUGUAAGUUUCAGAGCCGCGUGUCUAGCUACGGUCUGAUGUGUGUUUGCAGUCACUAUUGUAGGCUUUCAUAGGGGUUAGAGACGUCGUAGAAGACUAUUUGCUCAGCUGUCUAUUUGGAAACACGGAAAUAAGACCACGUUUCUGUUAUCGCUGCAAGAGUUCAGCCUGUCCGUUCGCCGCUGUCACUCCCGCUGGCCUGAAUGAAGCGGGGACUGGCUGUCUCCCCGCAGUGGUUGUCUACCUUCACACUUCCUCUUUCCGUCUGUUUGUCUGUUUCUAAGUGGACAGACUGAGGUACUUUAGGGAUCGUAGAAACCAUAGAUUUGUCCUAGUACACACGCACACACAUAUGCACACGUACACACACACACGCACACACACGGCCUCUCUAACAGACAUGGAUACUUAUCAUCUGUCAGUUAUCUCAUUCUUGUCUUUAUCUGUGUGUUUAGAGGAAAAAGAUGAUACGAAAAGGGAAAAAAAAUAUAUAUUGUUCUAUUCAGGUGAUAGGGUUUCAUCACACACACACACACACACACACACACACACACACACUUUUAAGAAUCGCUCCUCGUGUCAGAUUUUUUUUUUUUUUUCAGUGACUAUUUUUAGCAGGUUAAUUAGUCCCCACCACACCAUAAUGUUCUUUGAGAGAUAAUGUACAAUAAUCACAUGUACUACAUAAUUAUUAAUACAGUAUUUUUACUAAAGUUU